AUGGCAUUCAACGGAGAUCGAGCGGUCCAGUUAAAGAAGUUCCUUGGAUCCAUUGCAUUUGGGAAAUCCUCCAUCACUAAUGCUGAUCGUGCGAAGCUGUUUUUUGAAGCUCUAUGCGCACAAGACGACCGUGUAACUUGUGUGGAGAGACUUUUUGCAAAGCAACCUUCUGUUGACGCACUUCGUCGAGCUCUGAGGCUCGACACCUCCACCAACUACAUCAACCAAUUUAUUGCAGUAUUUCUUCAAUAUAUCUCUGACCCUGCCAUCAAGCAAAUUUCUGGCGGCCAGUUUCUUCAAGAUAUCCUUGUCAUCAUUGCUGAUCCUCCCACUCUUUGGAAUGCCUUGAUUGUUUCGCAGAAAAAUGGCUCUCUCAAUGAGAAUGCAACACAUGGCUUUGCUUGGCUUCUUUGGGAGCUUCUCUCGAUGCCUUCUAAUGACAACAUCGAAGUAAUGGAAACCGCAAAAUCUGUAACGAGUUCAGGAUCUCUUCUGGAAUCAUCAUCCCAUAAAACUCGCGUUCUCGGUUACAAAAUUCAACACUUCUUGAAAGCUAAAGAAAGUAGCGCAAAUGCCAACCCGGACAACGCUGGACCAGGAGGUCGACAUGACAACGACUUCAGUGACUACCGCGAGACAGCAAUAUUUCCCACUGCAGACGAAUUCAUGUCAGACACGCAACCAUUCUACAGACCGGCCAGAGAAAUCGCCCAAGCUGAGCCUGAAAAACGGGUCGGAAUUCACCUGGAUAACCAGUUUCGCCUCCUUCGGGAAGACAUGCUUGCUGAACUGAGGGACGAUGUUCGCAUCGCGACUGGAAAGAAGAAAGGGAGACGGCCUCCUGUCAUUCUUGAGCGCCUCAGUCUUGCUGGAACUGAAUGUGGGGAGCCGAAGAGAUGGAAGCAGUGUGCUUUGAAGCUACACUGCGGGCUUGGCAUGGAAAAGUUCGCAAAGAUGUCUGCUGCCGAGAGAAAGACUUACCUCAAAAGCAAUCCACGAUCCCUUAAGCAUCAAUCAUUCGGCUGUUUAUUACAAGGAGACGAGAUCGUUGCUUUCGCCACCUUGGAUAGAGAUGAAGCUGGAUUGCUUGAAGAUCCUCCGGCUAUCACCUUGAAGAUAUGCGGAGACGAUGCUUUCAAAACCCUUUUGUUGGCUUUAAAGGGAACAACGCCAGUUGACUAUAUUCAGGUUGACACUCCGUUCUUUGCCUAUGAGCCUGUGCUGCGAUGUCUGCAAGAUAUGAAAGAUAUUCCACUCGCGCAGUUCCUCCUAGGGACAAUCCCAGACGAGUCAUCUCAGACUGCCGUGGCCGUUGACAGCGCAAUUGUUGACGAGCUGCGAGCUAAGGGCAGUCCGAUCAUCCAACGCCUGCUUAAAAUGGACCAGCCUAUCGAUCUCGAUCAAUCUCAAAUGGAUUCUCUCAUCGCUGGACUCGGACAGUCUGUGAGUCUGAUACAAGGACCGCCAGGAACGGGCAAGUCUUUUAUUGGUGCUUUGAUCGCAAAAGCUUUGUACGAGCACACAAGCGAGACUAUUCUUGUUCUAAGCUACACCAAUCAUGCACUAGACCAGUUUCUUGAAGACCUUCUGGACAAUGGGAUUCCACCGCAGAGUAUUGUUCGACUUGGAUCAAAAUCUACACCACGUACCGCGCCCUUGAACUUAUUCGAGAGACAAAGAACUGGUGGCUAUAGUAAAUCUCGCACUAAGUGGGAGAUAGUCAACAACUUGGAAAAACUCGUUGAGGUCUACCUGACUGAGCUGUCAAUCGAACUCAAGUCUUAUACCCAGACUGGAGUAUCGUGGAAGGACAUAUUUGCUUACCUUGAGUUCAGCGAUGAUGAUAAUCAUUUCUAUCCAGCACUACUUGUGCCCGACGAGGAAGGCGGAAUGACGCGCGUUGGCAAGGGUGGAAAGGAAAUCAAGCCAGAUUACCUCUAUGACAGAUGGUUGCGAGGUGAGGAUGCUGGUAUUUUCAAAAAGCAAGCCGUGGAACAUUAUGAAAUCUGGGCCAUGGACGCGAACUCUAGACUGGAACUUAUGAAACGUUGGACUACCGCUCUGUUGGACGGACAAGCGUCCAAAGUCGCCACUCUACUUUCACGCUACAACAAAUAUCAGCAGCGUUUGGCACAAGUCCUGGGAGAGCGGACAGCACAGACUCUCAAAAGAAUGAGAGUCAUCGGUUGCACCACAACAGCUGCCGCCAAGUAUGCUUCCGAUCUUCUCGAUGCCGCGCCAGGAGUUGUCCUGGUUGAGGAAGCCGGCGAAAUUCUGGAAAGCCACGUUCUGACUGCACUGUCGCCAAAUACUAAGCAGCUCAUUCUCAUCGGAGAUCACAAACAGUUGCGUCCAAAGUAUAGCAAUUACGCAAUCAGUGUCGAGAAAGGCGAUGGAUAUGACCUCAACCGGUCCAUGUUUGAGCGGCUUGUGCUCGCAAAAUAUCCCCACACCACGCUGUCCAAGCAACACCGCAUGUGCCCGGAAAUCUCAUCUUUGGUCAGGCACUUAACAUACCCCACCCUUCAAGACGCUGACAAGACACUGAAUCGGACACCGGUACGUGGGGUCCGAGACCGGGUGGUCUUUUUCAACCACAUGUAUCCAGAGGUCGAUGCCCAAGAGCUUGCAGACCGUCGAGACCCUGAAUCGAGGACCAGCAAGAGUAAUUCAUUUGAGGUUGACCUUGUGUUGAAAUGCGUCCGCUAUCUUGGGCAACAAGGAUACGGGACUGACAAGCUUGUCAUACUUACUCCUUAUCUCGGGCAGCUGCGCCUCCUUCGUGAUCACCUUAUGGUAGAGAACGAUCCGGUUCUCAACGAUCUCGAUUCCUUCGAUCUUGUUCGAGCAGGUUUACUUUCGGAGGCCAGCGCAAAUAUCAACAAACGACCUAUCAAAAUCUCCACGAUCGAUAACUACCAGGGUGAAGAGAGUGAAAUUGUCAUUGUAUCUCUCACGCGUAGCAACGAAAAAGGCGACAUUGGGUUCAUGUUUUCGCCUGAGCGACUCAAUGUCCUGGUUCACCGAGACUCACGCGAAACAACCCCUACCGGACGGAUUCGCGAUGAACGACCAGCUCCUCCUGUACAAAGGCCGCCUAUGUGUGAAUCGCCACACCGACCUAUGUACGAAACUGAUCCGGGAAGCGCACGAUCAAGUGUCGUCAGCACAUCCAAGUGGCAGGAAAACCUACCAAUUGCUCGCUCCAAAGUAUCAUUGGGUCGGGAUGGAAGCGGACUGUCUGCGGUAUGUACGAAACUGCGUGACAUGCCGGCUUUCUCACACCAAUGUCACUAAGCAACAAGGCUUGCUACACCCACUACCCGUACCUGAAUAUCCUAUGCAACACCUCACCAUGGACUUCAAGGAGUUCCCAAGGGACAAGCAUGGAUACAAUAGCAUCUUAGUGUUUAUGGACCGACUCGGAAAGAGUUCAGUGACAAUACCUUGCUACAAAACCACAACUGCCCGGCAGAUGGUGCAAUUGUUCAUCGAAUGGAUAUACCGAUUCGGACACACUCUGGAGUCGAUUGUAAGCAACCACGGACCCCAAUUCGUAUCAUCCUUUUGGCAAGAGUUCUGUUGAUUUAUCGGCGUUAAGGUUAAGCUGUCGACUGCCUAUCAUAAGCAGACUGACGGGCAGACGGAAAUCAUGAACCGAUACAUCAAUCAGAGACUGAGGCCAUUCGUAUCCCAUUAUCAGGAUAACUGGAGCGAACUCAUCCCCAUAAUGGACCGCGUGCAAAUGACACUCCCCCACGCAUCCAUUGGCAUGACCCCCUACAGACUCAAGUA